AUGUCUAGGGUAGUACGAAACUCUAAAUUUCGCCAUGCUUAUGGUAAAUCAGCCAAAAAGACUGAUUGGUACGAUAAUAUUCGAGUGACUCGAUCUUCUGCGGACGGCCAUUAUUGUGAUGCUAACCCUAAAUUUUUAGCGGUAGCAUUGGAUGCAAGUGGCGGUGGUGCUUUCGUAGUAUUACCGAUUGAUCAGGUUGGAAGAGUAGAUACUGCUAACCAAGCAGUUGUUAAUGGCCAUAAGGGGCCUGUGCUUGAUAUUGCAUUUAAUCCUUUUAAUGAUAACGUUGUUGCGUCGUCGUCGGAAGACUGUACCGCUAAGAUUUGGUUUAUUCCUGAUGGUGGACUCGAAGAGACCAAAACAGAAGCAGAAGUUACUUUGCUAGGCCAUCAAAGGCGUGUUACUCAUGUUCGUUGGCAUCCUACUGCUAAUAAUGUGUUACUGACCAUUGGUGGUGACUAUGCAAUUCUAGUAUGGAACAUAUCCAGUGGCGAAAUUAUAACUAAUAUCAACUGCCAUACAGAACUAAUUUUCAGUGCUUGUUUCAAUUAUGAUGGCAGCUUACUGGCUACUACCUGCAAAGAUAAAAUAAUUAGAGUUAUUGAUCCACGUAGUGGUGAUGUAAUUAAGGAAGGCAAAGGUCAUGAUGGCGCGAAACCUCAGUUUGUUGUCUUCGCCGAUGGUCAUAAUCUAUUAUUUACUGUCGGUUUUUCAAGAAGAAGUGAUAGGCAAUUUGCUGUAUGGAAACAGGAUAAUUUGGAAAAACCUUUGGAAUUACAGAAUAUCGAUGUUUCUAAUGGAGUCUUGUUUCCAUACUAUGAUUAUGAUACCAGUAUAAUGUAUCUAGCUGGAAAGGGAGAUGGAAACAUUCGCUACUUUGAAAUAAUCGAUGAGCCUCCAUAUUGCUAUUAUUUGAAUGAAUUUAAAACACCAGACCCGCAACGAGGAUUAGGUCGUAUGCCUAAGCGUGGCGUGGAUGUAAAAUCAUGCGAAAUUUUUCGAUUUUAUAAAUUGCACGCCAGAGGUGCUGUUGAGCCUAUUUCAAUAAUUGUUCCGAGGAAGAGUGAACUUUUUCAAGAUGAUCUUUAUCCUGACACCAAAGGUGAUGAACCGUCUCUUAAGGUGGAAGAGUGGAUAGCUGGCAAAAACGUUCCACCGAAGCUUAUAUCUUUAAAACAUGGGUAUAAUCCUAAUCAAAAGCAACAGCAACAAAUAAAGCUGUCACCGAAAGUUUCUGUCAAGAAGAAGGAAAGCGUCGAAAAUGAUGUCAUCAUUAAUGAGGAGGUAGUCUCGAUGCCGUUGUCAUCAGAUACCGCAGCAGAUAAUGACGAUCUUAUCAAGGAAAUACAACAUUUGAAAUUACAAAUUCAAAAUCAGGAAGACCGUAUAACAAAGCUUGAAGAACAAGCUAAAGCAAUUGUAGAAGCACAGUAGUCUGUUGUAUUGAUUCUAUUUGGAGAUUCCAUACUUAUCCUUACUUAGUAAUACCCAUCAAAUACAAACCUUUUAACUAAUUAAAUCAGAAAUAACGAACGUCUCUAAACUGCUAUUAUAAAUACACUUC